AUGGAGCCUUUGGAGACCCGAGAAGAUGCGGAUGUUGUUAUCCCUAAAGAAGUAGUCAAAAAGGUUCAGGAUAAAUUCGAGAAUGUGUUAUAUGGUUAUUUCUUGGGUAACAGGUUGCUGUUCCCAGUUGUGGAAUAUUAUGCUAAGAAUGUCUGGAUGAAGUUUGGAUUCUCAAGACUCAUGAUGAAUGCGAGUGGUUUCUUCUUCUUCAAGUUCGAUUCUAAAGAAGGUAUGCUGAAAGUCUUGGAAGGUGGACCAUGGUUAAUUAGGAAGAUUCCUUUGUUUCUGAAUAUUUGGAUUCCGUCAGUGAGCCUCAAGAAAGAUGGGAUUAAAACAGUGCCAGUGUGGGUUAAACUGCAUAAUGUACCAAUUGCAGUAUAUACUGAUGAUGGUCUGAGUUUACUGGUGUCUAAAAUAGGGGUUCCAAAGAGACUAGAUACUUACACAACGGAUAUGUGUGCUGAAAAUUGGGGUAGAACGAGUUUUGCUCGUGCUAUGAUAGAGGUCUCGGCUGAUAAUGAGUUGAAAGAACACAUUGUUGUAGCUAUUCCUAAGUUGGAUGAAGAAGGCUACUUUACGGAAAAAGUUAAGGUUGAAUAUGAAUGGAAGCCACAAAGGUGUGCGGCUUGUUGUUUGUUUGUUCACACGGAUACUACUUGUCCUAAGUCCCCAGCAUUAAAGCUCAAGCAGGUAACAAUUGAUGAUGAGGGGUUCGUUACAGAUAAAAGGAAAGUAGCGAAGCAUGGAUUUCCUCAAAGAAAGCAAAAUCUAAAUUCGUCUAUAGACAAAAGAGUAGCCAUUCUGGGUCUGGUCCAUCCGGAACGAAACAUGUUGAAGGGGAAGGUAAUAUGGCUAAAGUUAGCAAUGGUGUCAACAAUAGUAACUUACAUUUAA